UCUUUACCCAGGACUGGUACCUUGGAGCCUGGAGACAAGCUCCUGGCCAUAGACAACAUCAGACUGGAGAGCUGUUCUAUGGAAGACGCCUGUCAGAUCCUAGAACAGGCCGAGGACCUGGUGAAACUCAAGAUCCGUAAGGACGAAGACAACUCUGAUGAACAGGAGACGUCUGGUUUAAUCAUCUACACGGUGGAGCUGAAGAGAUAUGGAGGCCCGCUGGGGAUCACCAUCUCAGGCACGGAGGAGCCCUUUGACCCCAUCGUCAUCUCUGGCCUCACCAAGCGAGGCCUGGCUGAGAGGACCGGAGCGAUCCAUGUGGGAGACCGUAUUCUGGCUAUCAACAGUGUCAGUCUGAAGGGCAAGCCGCUCAGCGAGGCCAUUCACCUGCUACAGAUGGCCGGGGAGACGGUCACGCUCAAGAUCAAGAAACAGGUCGACAUGACAGACGAGAAGAAGAAGGAUGGGGAGAUGGAGAAUGAUUUGAGUGACACGGAGGACGUGUCGGACAUGACAGACUCUCAGAAGACCAACAAGCUGUCAGAGAUCUACUCCACCACCAUUCCCAGUGUGGACUCUACCAUGGAGUCCUGGGACGGAUCCGGUAUCGACGCUGGCUACGGAAGCCAAGGGCCCUACAACCCCCAGGCGGCAGGCAUCGCCCUGCACCCCCAUGAGUGGAGGAGUGCCAGGCAGAGGACCAGCCCCCCACCCCCGGGCCGCCGUAGUAACAACUACCCUUUCAGUGACGGGGGCUUCAGUGAAGACGACUGGGACAAACCGUCAGGAUACACCAGCCAGCCUCACAGUGACGCCAUCAUGCUCGACCACGAGGACAGUUUCUGGUGUCAGGCACUGGAAGACCUGGAGACCUGUGGACAGUCUGAGCUCCUCAGAGAGAUAGAGGCAUCUAUUAUGACGGGCAGUGCCAUCAGUAUUGGGGUGGAUGGUAACAAGUCCCAUGGCCUCCCCCACCCUGGAGACCCCGUCUGCCAGCCCCGCAUCAGCCCUCUGCGGAGGAGCUCCCUCCAGCACCACGAUGCCAAGACCCACCUGCACCAGGAGGCCCACCUCCACCAGGGGGCCCACCUGCACCCGGAGGCCCAUCUGCACCCGGAGGCCCAACUCCUGCAUCACGAGGCCAGAACCCAGCUGCAUCACGAGGCCAGGGCAAAGAACACACUCCGGGUGUCUGAGAAGACCUGGGAGUCUCGUAGGAUCAAGGAAGAGAUGCAGGAGAUCCUCUCCCCUACCCCUCUGGAGCUACACAAGGUGACGGUGAUGAAGGAUCCAGAGAGCGAUGACUACGGCUUCAGCGUCUCCGACGGGUUCCUGGAGAAAGGUGUUUACGUCAACAUGAUCCGUCCGGAGGGCCCAGCAGACCGCGCAGGCCUGAAACCUUAUGACAGAAUCCUACAGGUGAACCACGUGCGUACCCGAGACUUCGACUGCUGCCUGGCUGUCCCCCUGAUCACCGAGGCUGGGGACAAGCUGGAGCUGGUGAUAAGCAGGAACCCCCUGGCCCAGCAACUGCACCAUGAACAGGACUGUCUGGACCAGGACCAAGGCCUUCUCAUCUCUGCACUGCAGUCCAACAGUAGGGAACACCACCACUAUACCACCACCACCCGAGCCAUGGACCUGUGAUUACAGACAGACAGCACAGACACGCCAAGCCACAGAACUUUACCAUGGAGCAGUCUGUGAAUCUACAGACACACACAGAACAAUGGACGUUCUUUGGACAUGUGAACUACAGAUGCAGUCACAGUCCAGUACCAUGGUCACACCAAGUCACAGACUGAACUUCUGAAUGAACUACAGACAGGAGCCACAAACCAGUACUAUAGACCUGUGAC